AUGCCCGUCAAAAUUAUCUACGAUCCCGAUAAUUCCUCGGGUCGGACGGUGAACAAGAAUUACUCGAACCGGAGUCUCGUUAAUGGGAAGGUGAUAAACGUCAAGGUGCCUACUCCAGAUGACUACAAGAAAUCGGCGGCUCCGCAAAAGUCCAGCAAACGCAUGAACUUCAACCCCAAUGUCCCGCGAAAUCUCACACCGAAGGGCUACACCAAAAUGCAACUCAUGAUGAGUAUUGCUCAGAAGAAGUACGACAACAUCGUGAGAAAACUCAAGGGAACCAACUCCCUCUACGAGGAUCCGGAGUUCCCGCUUAACUCCGUCAUUGGAAACAUUGGGAAGCUGCCUAAAAUUGAGUGGAAGCGUCCGAAGGAAAUCAAUCCUAGGGCUGACUUUAUUGUGGACGGAUUCGACAGAAGUGACGUGGAACAGGGUCAAAUUGGUGACUGUUGGCUUCUGGCUGUGAUAUCGUCGAUGGCCGACAUUCCGGACCUUUUUAAUCACAUUGUGCCUAAGAACCAGUCCAUCCAAUCGGAUGACUACGUUGGUGUCUUUCGGUUCCACUUCUGGCAGUUCGGCCAAUGGGUGGAGGUGUUGGUGGAUGAUCGUUUACCGGUGAUUGCCGGCACCAAUCGACUGAUCUUCAUGCACUCCGACGAAAGCAACGAGUUCUGGUCCGCACUCAUCGAGAAGGCAUACGCCAAACUGAACGGUAGCUAUGCUAACCUAUCAGGCGGGACUCAGGGUGAGGCAAUGGAGGAUUUGACCGGAGGUCUCAGUGAGUCAAUCGAUCUGACGAAAAUAUCCGAGGAGGUAUUGGUCCACGAUCUCUACAAAUACCAGCAGCGCUGCUGUCUCAUGGGCUGCUCAGUAACUGUAAGUCAGUCACCCUCACUUCCUAUUAGUCAAUUCCGUCUUUCAAAAGAAAUCGAAGCCAAACUGCAAAACGGUUUGAUAGCGGGACACGCGUAUAGUGUGACGGGAGUCGAGCAUGUUACGUAUCAGGGGAAACAGGUGAACCUGGUGCGCGUUCGUAACCCCUGGGGUAACAAUUACGAGUGGAAAGGCAAGUGGGCCGACAACGCCCCAGAAUGGAAAUUGGUGAGCCCGGAGGACAAGAAGCGGCUCGACGUCACCUUCGGUGGCGAUGGAGAAUUCUGGAUGUCGGUAGAGGACUUCAUGACGAAUUUCACCAAACUGGAAGUGUGCCACUUGGGUCAUGGUGCUCUGGAAAGUGACAUGACAGUGCGUGGAAAGAAACGUCUAGAGGAAACCUUCUUCUCCGGCGAGUGGACCAAAAACGUCAACGCUGGUGGUUGUGCAAAUUUCAGAGACACUUUUUGGACAAAUCCUCAAUUCAAAAUAACCGUCACUGAUCCCGAUCCUACUGACAAUGAUGACACAGCGACGCUCAUUAUUGGUCUGAUGCAAACGAACAUGCGGAGGAAGGCUGGGGCUCGAUUCCUCACAAUUGGAUUUUGCGUUUAUCAGAUUCCGCCAGACACUGAAGGCCUCAUGAAGCGCAACUUCUUUAACAUGAACCGUCCAAUCUCAAUUUCGGAGUUCACGAAUACUCGUGAGGUUGUCGUUAAGCUGAAGGUCAAACCUGGAUGCUACCUGAUCGUGCCUAGUACCUUCAAUCCAAACGAGGAGGCCCAAUUCAUUAUUCGUGCUUUCACUGAAACCAUUGUCAAGGAAUCUGAAUGUGACGACAAGAACUCCUUCAAAGGCCUUUCCGAGGAAAUGCUGAAGGCCAUCAAGGAGGCUGAGAAAACGAAGAACGAGGACGACUUCGUGGACAGUCUUUUCAAUUCAUACAAGGACCCAGUAACGAAGUCCAUCAAUGCGGAACAACUUCGUGAUAUCUUGAAUAAGUCGACGCUAAAAGCUAGCUGCACCGACCCCAAUGGUUUCACCUUGGAGACAACACGCAGUAUGCUUGCAUCAAUGGAUGAUGUCUUUUGUCAACGCGACAAGGACAAGAGCAAAAAUUUCAACGUUACCGAACUGCGUGAGGCGUUGAUGGAUGCAGGUUUCAAUCUGUCCGGUAUGGUGUUCACGGUUGUGGUUCAACGAUUCGUCACCCAAAAGAUAAACGCCGUCACCUUUGAAGAUUGGAUUCUUUGCUGUGUUCGUUUGAAGAAUUGUUUUGAAAAUAUGAAGGCACAGUUCAAGACCAACGAUGGGCAUCUGAUAUUCACCGAGAGUGAUUUCCUUCGGCUCACUCUGAAUCAGUAG